AUGAGUCCAAUACAACUCUGGGUUAAAGGACUUCACAUGGUUUGCAGAAGUGAUUCAACUGCACCAAGGGAAGUGUUUCAGGUAAUCACGUCUUUGCGUACUGUAUAGUUUUUUUAUCUGAUUAUUUUGACGGAGUUGGAAAUUAUAAGGUAAAACAUAACUGAAUUGAAAAUUUUAAUGGCUAUGUAAACCGUAUGUCAUCAAAUUUUAUUUUUUGAGAAUAAAGUCAGUGUAAUCUCUCUUUCAGGGCGACUUUUUAAAUUAUGGGGUGGACUACGAAGGGCCUGUUCCAUUGCUGGAAUCAGAAAGAGUAGAGGUUCCAGAAACCGUGUGCCCUCUUGAGAUGGAAGAAAUGGGAAACAUCUAUCAGUUCUCUGCCCAAGAUGGAAUGAGUAUGGAUGAAAUUGUAGAAAAAUACAUAGAUGCAGUCGACUUU